CAGUGGGAGAGGAGAGGAUAGGAGGAGCGCUCGAGGCGAGGCGAGGCGAGGGCCACACACUUUUAUUUUUUAUUUUAUUUUUAUUUUUCCGUUACAACCGGCCCGGUAAUUAACGGAGAGAGGACUUCCCCGUCCAGCUGUCAGACCGGGACCUGAGGUCAAACUAACUCCGGUUCACCGGACAGACAGAACGUUAACGGGACCAGAACUCUGCCUGCCUUUUCCUCUGCCGUGAUUCAGCCCUCCCCCAGAUCAGACCACACCGAUCGGACGACGCUAAACUUUCCGUUUCUCUCUCCCUGGACUAACUCCUCUCUCCUCGACACUUAAUCUCCCGGUAUUAACGACACUUUUAAUCGUUUGGGAAGUUUUACUUUCAGGUCGCGAGGAGUUUUAAUUCGCCUAAAGGACACAGCGCCCCCACCCAACUUUUGGAACACUUUUCUCCGUGAUUCUUAUUUCUGUUUCGUGCGGUAACGGGGUAUGACGAGGAUUAUCUAACUGGACGUCGCUGAGCCACUAGACCCACCGUUUUUUCUCCAGUAAAGGGGUAAGGGGUCAGAGGUGAGGAUGGCGGGAGCCUCGGUGAAGGUGGCGGUGCGCGUGCGACCUUUCAACUCCCGGGAGACCAGCCGAGACGCCAAGUGUGUUAUACAGAUGCAGGGCAACUCCACAUGCAUCUCCAACCCCAAACAGCCCAAGAAUGAAGGAAAGAGUUUCACCUUUGACUACUCCUACUGGUCACACACUACGGCGGAGGAUGAGAGAUUUGCCUCCCAGAGACAAGUCUAUAAGGACAUUGGAGAGGAGAUGCUGCUUCAUGCGUUUGAAGGAUACAAUGUCUGUAUCUUCGCCUACGGACAGACAGGAGCAGGGAAGAGUUACACCAUGAUGGGCCGGCAGGAAGAGGGACAGGAGGGGAUCAUACCACAGCUGUGUGAGGAUUUGUUUAAGAGGACAGUUGGGAACACAGAUCCUGAUCUCUCCUUCUCAGUAGAGGUGUCAUACAUGGAGAUCUACUGUGAGAGGGUGCGUGACUUGUUGAACCCUAAGUCGAAGGGUACACUCCGUGUUAGGGAGCACCCUAUAAUGGGACCCUACGUUGAAGAUCUGUCUAAACUGGCUGUAACCGGAUACAACGACAUUCAGGACCUAAUGGACUGCGGAAACAAAGCUAGGACGGUGGCGGCGACCAAUAUGAACGAGACGUCUAGUCGUUCCCACGCAGUCUUCACCAUCGUGUUCACACAGAAACGAAGAGACCAACUCACCUCCCUGGACACUGAGAAGGUCAGUAAGGUGAGUCUGGUGGACCUAGCGGGUAGUGAGAGAGCUGACUCGUCGGGGGCAAAGGGCUUGAGGUUGAAGGAAGGAGCUAAUAUCAACAAGUCUCUCACCACCCUGGGGAAGGUGAUCUCUGCUCUGGCUGAAAUGCAGAACAGUAAGAAGAGGAAGUCUGACUUCAUCCCCUACAGAGACUCAGUCCUGACCUGGCUACUGAAAGAAAACCUGGGUGGGAACUCCAGAACAGCGAUGAUAGCAGCUCUCAGUCCAGCAGACAUUAACUAUGAAGAAACACUCAGCACACUCAGGUAUGCGGACCGUGCCAAGCAGAUCAGGUGUAAUGCUAUAAUCAAUGAGGAUCCCAACGCAAGACUGAUCAGAGAACUGAAAGAGGAAGUCAACAGACUGAGAGACCUGCUGUUCUCACAGGGUCUGUCUGAACUACUGGCUGUAACAGGUGGAGAGGUGAACAACAACAGUGCUGUGGGCUCCUCCCCCUCAGGCCCGCCCACCAACCUGCCAAUCACCACUAACGGCCAAUCAGAAGCCCCACAGAGCCCUACCCAGGAUUCAAACUCCGCCCCUGACCCUGACGUAGACUCCACCGCUGACGGAGACCUUGAUCACAUGACGGCGGACUUUGCUGAGGGGGAGGAGCUUGUUGAGACCAUCAGUAAAGAGGAGGUUGCUGAGAGACUGGAGGAGACUGAGAAGAUCAUUGCUGAGCUGAACGAGACGUGGGAGGAGAAACUGAGGAAGACUGAAUCUAUACGACAUGAGAGAGAGUCUCUGCUGGCUGAGAUGGGAGUGUCCAUUAAAGAAGAUGGAGGAACAUUAGGGGUGUUCUCUCCUAAAGGGACGCCCCACCUGGUGAAUCUGAACGAGGAUCCUCUGAUGUCAGAAUGUCUGCUAUACUACAUCAAGGAGGGAGUCACCCGGGUUGGUCAACAGGAUGUGGAUAUCAGACUGUCUGGUCAGUUCAUCAAGGAACAACACUGUGUCUUCUACAGUCAUACCAACAACCAGGGAGAGGUCAUAGUAACCCUGGAACCUUUGGAGGGGGCGGAGACUUAUGUCAACGGGAAACAGAUCACAGAAGCGCAGGUGCUAAAACAAGGGAACCGUAUAGUGAUGGGGAAGAACCAUGUGUUCCGGUUCACCCACCCAGAACAGGCCCGUCUGGAGAGAGAACAGAGAGAGAGGAGCAGUACCAGUCCCAGCCACCAGGAGACAGGCUGCACUGCCAACACAGACCUCCAGGGGGAGCCAGAGGACUGGACCUACGCUCAGAGAGAACUACUAGAGAAACAAGGGAUAGAUAUCAAACUGGAGAUGGAGAAGAGACUGCAGGACAUGGAGAUUCAGUACCGGAGAGAGAAGGAAGAGGCUGACCUCUUACUGGAACAACAGAGACUGUAUACCGACUCAGACAGUGGAGAUGACUCUGAUAAGAGAUCCUGUGAAGAGAGCUGGAGACUGAUCUCCUCACUCAGAGAGAAACUACCUGCUAACAAGGUCCAGUCGAUAGUGAAGCGCUGUGGACUGCCCAGUAGUGGUAAACGUCGGGAGCCACUCCGGGUCUAUCAGAUCCCUCAGCGUCGACGAAUCAGCAAAGACCCCAAACGGGUUACCAUCAGAGACCUGAGGAUGCAGGCGGUCAAAGAGAUCUGCUACGAGGUUGCCUUGGGUGAUUUCCGUCACUCUCGUCAGGAGAUUGAGGCUCUGUCCAUUGUGAAGAUGAAGGAGUUAACCAGGAUGUAUUCUAAAAGAGACAACGCAGAGGCAGACAGCUGGAGGGCUGUAGCGCAGGACGUCUGGGACACUGUGGGGAUAGGAGAGGACAGGAGGGAGGAGGUGGAGGAUGGGGGAGGAGGGGCGGCGCCAGGGCCUGGGGGUGUGUACGACCUGAAGGCUCACAUUGAUAGGCUGACGGAUGUUCUACAGGAAGUAAAGAUUCAGAAUAAUAUGAAGGAUGAAGAGAUCAAAGCUCUGAGAGACAGGAUGGUCAAGAUGGAGAGUAUUAUACCUACUGGACAGGAGGAGGACAUGGAAAAUGACGACGAGGAAGGGGACGGUUCCCAAUGUGAUGGUGACGGGGCCGAUGAUGACGGACAGCCCAAUCCACCCAAUGAGAAGAGAGUAGUUAAGCUGAUGACAGACGACCCAGCCUUUAGACGAGGGAGGAUGAGGUGGUUGAAACAGGAACAGACCCGAAUACAGAACCUUCAACAACAGAAUAUUACUAAAAGACUCAGACAGAACACCCAGAGCUCCCCAACCCCCAACACCCCUCUGGUCCCGGUGCACCCCCCCCCUGUGGUCCACCUCCCCGGGACCGGCCGUUUCAUCCCCCCACAGGACUGUAAACUCAAGUUCCCCUUCAAGAGCAACCCCCAGCACCGUCUCUCAUGGAGCCCUGCCACUGCCCUGAUGAUGCUGGGGGAGGGGGGGGUAGACGGAGAGGGGGAGGACAGGGCAGAGGGAGGUAAAGGAACUCCCUCUCCUCCACCUCCUCCUGUUGCUCUCCUCCCGCUCCCCUUCCAGAUGGUCCCUAGAGGCCACACCCCCUCCCCGCACCGCACCUGGCAACAACCACAACAGCACCGUAGCAACGGUAACCAUGGGAACCCACACUUCCCGGUUCCCGGGCAACAGCAGGGGCCGCCGCCGCGGCGAUAUAGGCGUAACUCCCUGGACAGCUCCCCGCAGGGCAACAACAACAAUCACCAGGGAAACAACUACCACAGCAACCCCAACAACAACGGAGGUGGUCACCAGGGGCGACCGCGUUAUCGUCGAGGAGCGUCGCCGGUACCUGGAGGAGGAGGAGGAGGGAUGGAUCAGAGAGGAGGAGGAGAGAGGGGCAGGUUUCAGCAGGAGGGAGGAGGGGGAUACCAUCACCCCUACUACAUCCCUCCUCACCAACAGCUCUACCACAGCAACAGCCUGCCGCGCAACCACAACCCUCCACCAGGGGGCUACAUGCCUCCACAGGGAAGAGGAGGGGGAGGGGCAGGGUGGUUCCAGGAGGGGUACAGCACCCCCCCUCGCAUGAAGAGGCAGUUUAGUGCCCCCGAUCUGAAGAGCAAGCAGACCCCUGUGUGACCUCUCACCCCUUACCCUACAGACAGACCACCUUCCUAUAAGGACACUGAAUAUCCAGCUGGCAGGCUAUGACCUGUCAUAACACUACAUACUGCUGUUAUAACUGAUGCUACUACACUACAAGGUGUAUAAUGGAGUUGUAUGGACUGUCUGUGUAAUUGAAUGCAGAACAGAGUGUGUGUGUGUCAGCGCUCUGCUUAACAAUGAGUCUGCGCACUCUGUGCCGCUCACACACACAACACUAAAUAACGACGGUGUGUGUUACUGCUGUAGUGUGUUAGCCGGUUCAUAUAGGACAGGGGUUGUCUUUUUAAAUAGUCGUUCUGAAGUUCAGCAGUUCUGUUUAGUUGUUGAUACAUUUUCAUGCACCAGCAGGGCCCAAACUACCGUACCGCCAUGCCCGUCCAAAUUAAAUAUUGAAAUAUUGAUAAUUUAUUUGAUCGAGACACGCGCCGACAGAAAGACCCGUCAAUCUCAGAGAAAGCAUCCGAGUGACAGAAACGGCACCCAUCUGUCUCCUCUGUCUCCUCUGUCUCCACCUCUGCCUCCUCU